AAAGGUUGUGAGCUGGCGUGGUGAACAGUGAAAAACCAGCAAAAAAGGGCACUGAAGUCGGAUAAAACAUACUGCAAACGCUUGCCAAAGCUGAUUUAAAGAAGGAUAACAACAAAAUAAAUUAAGAGAAAUACCGUACACAAAGAAAAAUAUCGUUGCGAGCGAAACAUAAGCUGGUUGCCUUCAUAAGAAUAAGUUUAAAUAGAGGCUAAGAAAGGAGUAAAUUAUUUCUUUGCAAUAAACUACACAGUAAGCAGCAAGUGAGAAUGGAGCAGUUCACCCCGAAGGAGGUGCGCAUCCUCGAGAGCGCCGAAGACAUCCAGGAGCGCCGCGACCAGGUGCUGAAUCGUUACAGCGAGUUCAAGCUCGAGACGCGCCAGAAGCGCGAAAAGCUGGAAGACUCGCGCCGGUUCCAGUACUUCAAGCGCGAUUCCGACGAGCUGGAAAGCUGGAUCAACGAGAAGCUGCAGGCGGCGAGCGAGGAAAGCUACCGCGACCCGACCAACCUGCAGGCCAAGAUCCAGAAGCACCAGGCGUUCGAGGCGGAGGUGUCCGCCCACAGCAACGCGAUCGUGGUGCUGGACAACACCGGCCAGGAGAUGAUCAACCAGGGCCACUUUGCAUCCGAGACGAUCCAGCGCCGGCUGGAGGAGCUGCAGCGCCUGUGGGAGCUGCUGCUGUCGCGGCUGGCCGAGAAGGGCAUGAAGCUGCAGCAGGCCCUGGUGCUGGUGCAGUUCCUGCGCCACUGUGAGGAGGUGAUGUUCUGGAUCAAGGACAAGGAAGCGUUCGUGACGGCGGACGAGUUCGGGCAGGAUCUCGAGCACGUGGAGGUGCUGCAGCGCAAGUUCGACGAGUUCCAGAAGGACAUGGCGUCGCAGGAGUACCGCGUGACGGAGGUGAACGAGCUGGCGGACAAGCUGCUGUUCGGCGGGCACCCGGAGCGGGAAACGAUCACGCGCAAGAAGGAGGAACUGAACGAGGCCUGGCAGCGCUUGAAGCAGCUGGCCAUAUUGCGCCAGGAGAAGCUGUUCGGGGCGCACGAAAUCCAGCGUUUCAACCGCGAUGCGGAUGAGACGGUUGCGUGGAUCGCUGAGAAGGAUGUCGUGCUGUCGUCGGACGAUUACGGGCGCGAUCUGGCCAGCGUGCAAGCGCUGCAGCGCAAGCACGAAGGUGUGGAGCGUGAUCUGGCGGCGCUCGAGGACAAGGUGGCCGCCCUCGGUACCGAGGCCGGUCGCCUGUGCAGCAUACACGCCGAUCACAGCGAGCAGAUUCGUGAGAAGCAGGCAGAGAUUGCCGCGUACUGGCAGUCGCUGACCGCGAAGGCCAAGGAGCGCAAGCAGAAGCUCGACGAGUCCUACUUCUUGCACCGUUUCCUCGCCGACUUCCGUGACCUGGUGUCGUGGAUCAACGGCAUGAAGGCAAUCAUCUCCGCGGACGAGCUGGCGAAGGAUGUGGCCGGUGCGGAGGCGCUGCUCGAGCGGCACCAGGAGCACAAGGGCGAGAUCGAUGCCCGCGUGGACAGCUUCAAGCUGACGACCGAGGCCGGCCGGCAGCUGCUCGAGCGGGAGCACUACGCCGCGGCGGAGGUGCAGGAGAAGCUGGCCGCGCUCGAGAACGACAAGAGCUCGCUGCUGGUUUUGUGGGAGGAUCGCCGCAUCCUGUACGAGCAGUGCAUGGAUCUGCAGCUGUUCUACCGCGACACCGAGCAGGCGGACACGUGGAUGGCGAAGCAGGAAGCGUUCCUGGCGAACGAAGAUCUGGGCGACUCGCUCGACUCGGUCGAGGCGCUGAUCAAGAAGCACGAGGACUUUGAGAAGAGUCUGGCCGCACAGGAGGAGAAGAUAAAGGCGCUGGACGUGUUUGCGACGAAGCUAAUCGACGGGCAGCACUACGCGGCGGACGAUGUGGCGCAGCGUCGCGCCAUGCUGCUGGCGCGCCGUUCCGCGCUGCAGGAGAAAUCGUCCGUGCGCCAGAAGCUGCUGGAGGACUCGAACGCGCUGCAGCAGUUCGAGCGCGACUGCGACGAAACGAAGGGCUGGAUCAGCGAGAAGCUGAAGUUCGCGACCGACGACAGCUACCUCGACCCGACCAACCUGAACGGCAAGGUGCAGAAGCACACCAACUUCGAGCACGAGCUGACGGCGAACAAGAGCCGCAUCGAGGACAUCACGGCUACCGGGCAGGAGCUGGCCACAAAGGAGCACUACGCCGCAGACAAGGUGAACGCUCGCAUGCAGGAAAUCGUGACGCUGUGGGAGUCGCUGGUGCGCGCCUCGGACAAGAAGGGCUGCAAGCUGCAGGAAGCCUCGCAGCAGCAGCAGUUCAAUCGCACCGUCGAGGACAUCGAGCUGUGGCUGAGCGAGGUCGAGGGUCAGCUACUGUCCGAGGACUACGGCAAGGAUCUGACCAGCGUGCAGAACCUGCAGAAGAAGCAGGCCCUGCUGGAGGCUGACGUUAUGGCGCACCAGGACCGGAUUGAGGGCAUUAAGGUGGCCGCCAACAAGUUCGUCGAGAGCGGCCACUUCGAUGCGGACAACAUUCGCGCCAAGGAGGCGGCCCUGUCGAAGCGGUACGCGGCGCUGGCCGAACCGAUGUCGAUCCGCAAGCAGCGCCUGCUCGACUCGCUCCAGGUGCAGCAGCUGUUCCGCGAUCUGGAGGACGAGGCGGCGUGGAUCCGCGAGAAGGAACCGGUCGCGGCGUCGACCAACCGUGGCCGCGAUCUGAUCGGUGUGCAGAACCUGAUCAAGAAGCACCAGGCGGUGCUGGCGGAAAUCAACAACCACGAGAGCCGCUGCGCCGGUGUCAUCUCGAAUGGGGAGCAGAUGCUGAACGAGCAGCCGACCGCCAGCGAGGAGAUCAAGCUGCGGCUGGACGCGCUCAAGGAUCAGUGGAACUCGCUGAAGGAGAAGUCGAAUCAGCGCAAGCAGGAUCUGGAAGAUUCGCUGCAGGCCCACCAGUACUUUGCCGACGCGAACGAGGCCGAAUCGUGGAUGCGCGAGAAGGAACCGAUCGUCUCGAACCAGGACUACGGCAAGGAUGAGGAUUCGUCCGAGGCGCUGCUGAAGAAGCACGAGGCGCUCGUGUCCGACCUGGAAGCGUUCGGCAACACGAUCCAGGCGCUGCAGGAGCAGGCGAAGAACUGCCGCCAGCAGGAGACGCCGGUCGUUGACAUUACCGGCAAGGAGUGCGUGAUGGCGCUGUACGACUACACGGAAAAGUCGCCGCGCGAGGUGUCGAUGAAGAAGAACGACGUGCUGACGCUGCUGAACUCCAACAACAAGGACUGGUGGAAGGUGGAGGUGAACGAUCGCCAAGGCUUCGUGCCGGCGGCCUACAUCAAGAAGAUCGACCCAGGGCUAAGCGCCAGUCAGCAGAACCUGAUCGAUGGGCACUCGAUCGCGAAGCGCCAGACGCAGAUCAACAGCCAGUACGACAAUCUGCUCGCGCUGGCCCGGGAGCGCCAGAACAAGCUGAACGAAACGGUGAAGGCGUACGUGCUGGUGCGCGAGGCGGCCGAUCUCGCCGCGUGGAUCAAGGACAAGGAGAGCCACGCGCAGAUCAAGGACGUCGGCGAAGAUCUCGAAGAGGUGGAGGUGCUGCAGAAGAAGUUCGACGACUUCAACGACGACCUGAAGGCGAACGAGGUGCGGCUGGCGAAGCUGAACGAGAUCGCCAUCCAGCUGACGUCGCUCGGCCAGACGGAGGCCGCACUGAAGAUCAAGACGCAAAUCCAAACGCUUAACGAAGAGUGGGCCACCCUGCAGACGAUCACGCAGGAGCGGGCCAGCCAGCUUGGGUCGGCGCACGAGGUCCAGCGGUUCCACCGCGACGUGGAUGAAACGAAGGACUGGAUCGCGGAGAAGGAGAACGCGCUGAACAACGACGAGCUGGGCAAGGAUUUGCGCGGCGUGCAAACGUUGCAGCGCAAGCACGAGGGGCUGGAGCGUGAUUUGGCCGCGCUGCAGGACAAGAUCCGCCAGCUGGACGAGACGGCCAACCGGCUGAUGCAGUCGCACCCGGACACGGCCGAGCAGACGUACGCCAAGCAGAAGGAGAUCAACGAGGAGUGGCAGCAGGUGGUGACCAAGGCGCAGCAGCGCAAGGAGAAGCUGCUCGACUCGUACGAUCUGCAGCGGUUCCUAAGCGACUACCGCGACCUGUCCGCUUGGAUCAGCUCGAUGAUGGGGCUGGUGACGUCGGAAGAGCUCGCGAACGAUGUGACCGGCGCGGAAGCGUUAAUCGAACGUCAUCAGAACCAUCGUGCCGAAAUUGAUUUUCGUUGCGGUAUCCCGCAGGAACAUCGCACGGAGGUGGAUGCACGCGCGGGUACGUUCUCGGCGUUCGAGCAGUUCGGCAACGAGCUACUGCAGGCGAACCAUUAUGCGGCGCCCGAAAUUCAGGAGAAGAUUGAAAACCUGAACAAGGCCCGGGAGGAGCUGGAGCGUGCGUGGACGGCGCGUCGCCUGCAGCUGGACCAAAAUCUGGACCUGCAGCUGUAUCUGCGCGAUUGCGAGCAGGCCGAAAACUGGAUGAGCGCCCGCGAAGCGUUCCUGAACGCGGAGGAGGUCGACUCGAAGGGUGACAACGUGGAGGCCCUGAUCAAGAAGCACGAGGACUUCGACAAGGCGAUCAACGGUCAUGAGGAGAAGAUCGGCGCGCUGCAGGUGCUGGCCGAUCAGCUGAUCGCGCAGGAGCACUACGCGGGCCGAUUGAUCGAUGCCAAGCGGCAGGAGGUGCUGGAUCGCUGGCGCCAUUUGAAGGAGGAUCUGAUCGAGAAGCGCUCGCGGCUGGGCGACGAGCAGACCCUGCAGCAGUUCUCACGCGAUGCCGACGAGAUCGAGAACUGGAUCGCGGAGAAGCUGCAGCUGGCGACGGAGGAAAGCUACAAGGAUCCGGCCAACAUUCAGUCGAAGCACCAGAAGCACCAGGCGUUCGAGGCGGAGCUGGCGGCGAACGCGGACCGCAUCUCGAGCGUGCUGGCGAUGGGUAGCAACCUGAUCGAUCGCAACCAGUGCAGCGGUUCGGAGGAGGCGGUGCAGAAGCGCCUGACGCAGAUCGCCGACCAGUGGGAGUACCUGACGCAGAAGACGACAGAGAAGUCGCUGAAGCUGAAGGAGGCGAACAAGCAGCGCACGUACAUCGCGGCCGUGAAGGAUCUGGACUUCUGGCUGGGCGAGGUGGAGAGUCUGCUGACGUCGGAGGACGCCGGCAAGGAUCUGGCCUCCGUGCAGAACCUGAUGAAGAAGCACCAGCUGGUUGAGGCGGACAUUCACGCGCACGAGGAUCGCAUCAAGGACAUGAACAGCCAGGCGGACUCGCUGGUGGAGAGCGGCCAGUUCGACAGUGCCGGCAUCCAGGAGAAGCGCCAGUCGAUCAACGAACGGUACGAGCGCAUCCGCAACCUGGCUGCCCACCGGCAGGCUCGGCUGAACGAGGCGAACACGCUGCACCAGUUCUUCCGCGACAUCGCGGACGAGGAGAGCUGGAUCAAGGAGAAGAAGCUGUUGGUCGGAUCGGACGACUACGGUCGCGAUCUGACCGGUGUGCAGAAUCUGAAGAAGAAGCACAAGCGGCUCGAGGCCGAGCUUGCCUCGCACGAACCCGCGAUCCAGGCGGUGCAGGAAGCGGGCGAGAAGCUGAUGGACGUUUCGAACCUUGGGGUGCCGGAGAUCGAGCAGCGCCUGAAGGCACUGAACCAGGCGUGGACCGAGCUGAAGGGACUGGCAGCCACUCGCGGCCAGAAGCUGGACGAGUCGCUCAUCUACCAGCAGUUCCUGGCGAAGGUCGAGGAGGAGGAGGCCUGGAUUACGGAGAAGCAGCAGCUGCUGUCCGUCGAGGACUACGGCGACUCGAUGGCGGCCGUCCAGGGUCUGAUGAAGAAGCACGACGCGUUCGAGACGGACUUUGCGGUCCAUCGCGAUCGCUGCUCGGACAUCCGCGACCAUGGCCAGACGCUGGUAACGAACAACAACCACCAUGGCGAUAGCAUCUCGCAGCGCUGCGUUCAGCUGGACAAGAAGCUGGAGAACCUGCAGGCUCUGGCGACGCGCCGCAAGACGGCGCUGAUGGACAACUUUGCCUACCUGCAGUUCAUGUGGAAGGCGGACGUCGUGGAGAGCUGGAUCGCGGACAAGGAGAAUCACGUCAAGUCGGAAGAGUUCGGCCGUGAUCUGUCCACCGUUCAAACGUUGCUGACGAAGCAGGAGACAUUCGAUGCUGGUCUCUCGGCGUUUGAGCAUGAGGGCAUCCACAACAUUACCGCCCUCAAGGAUCAGCUGAUCAACGCGAACCACGCCCAGUCGGCCGCCAUUCUCAAGCGCCACGAGGACGUGCUGACGCGCUGGCAGAAGCUGCGCGCCGAUUCGGAGGCGCGCAAGUACCGCCUGCUGAACAUGCAGGACCAGUUCCGCCAGAUCGAGGAUCUGUAUCUGACGUUCGCCAAGAAAGCGUCGGCAUUCAACUCGUGGUUCGAGAACGCGGAGGAAGAUCUGACCGAUCCGGUGCGCUGCAACUCGAUCGAGGAGAUCAAGGCGCUGCGGGAGGCACAUGCCGCGUUCCAGGCAUCGCUGUCAUCGGCCCAGGUCGACUUCCAGGCGCUGGCCGCGCUCGACCAAAAGAUCAAGAGCUUCAACGUCGGCCCGAACCCGUACACCUGGUUCACGAUGGAGGCGCUGGAGGAUACGUGGCGCAAUCUGCAGAAGAUCAUCGAGGAGCGCGAUGCCGAGCUGGCGAAGGAGGUCCAUCGGCAGGAAGAGAACGACAAGCUGCGCAAGGAGUUUGCGAAGCACGCCAACCUGUUCCACCAGUGGCUGACGGAGACAAGAUACAACAUUCUUGGCUGGGAUAAAAAUGGAACGUCGCUCAUGGAUGGAUCGGGAUCGCUGGAGGAACAGUUCGAGGCGCUCUGCCACAAGGCGAACGAGAUCCGCGCCCGCCGUGGCGAUCUGAAGAAGAUCGAGGAGCUCGGCGCCACGCUGGAGGAGCAUCUGAUUCUGGACAACCGCUACACGGAGCACUCGACGGUCGGGUUGGCCCAGCAGUGGGACCAGCUCGACCAGCUGGCCAUGCGCAUGCAGCACAACCUGAAGCAGCAGAUCCAGGCCCGCAACCAGUCCGGCGUGUCGGAAGACUCGCUGAAGGAAUUCUCGAUGAUGUUCAAGCACUUCGACAAGGACAAGAGCGGCAAGCUGAACCACCAGGAGUUCAAAUCGUGUCUGCGUGCCCUCGGCUACGACCUGCCCAUGGUGGAGGAAGGCCAACCGGACCCGGAGUUCGAGGAAAUUCUGAACGUGGUGGAUCCGAACCGGGACGGCCAGGUGUCGCUGCAGGAGUACAUCGCGUUCAUGAUUUCCAAGGAAACGGAGAACGUGCAAAGCUUCGAGGAGAUCGAGAAUGCUUUCCGCGCCAUCACCGCCUCCGAUCCGCGUCCCCGCCCAUAUGUCACCAAGGAGGAACUCUAUUCCAACCUCACCAAAGACAUGGCGGAUUACUGCGUGCAGCGCAUGAAACCGUACAACGACCCGAAAACGGGCCACCCCAUUACCGGUGCCCUGGAUUACGUGGAGUUUACCAGAACCUUGUUCCAAAACUAAGCCAGCACACAGCCAGUAUGAUGGGCGGCAUCUCCCCCGCCGGGUUUGUCGCCUUUUCAAUACUAUAUUCGCAACAAAUUAUUUUUUAAACGCAUUUUGACGAUAUAAACAAAGUGUUUCCCCGUCGCCGGGCGAAUAAUACUAUAUAUUUACUUUGAUUUUAUAUAUUUAUAUGAAUUUGCAAGCUCACGCUUGAAUGAAUAGUGAUAGUGUAGCGAGCGUAGAGAAGCAGGAGAGCAAGAUCGAACACCAGCUUUCACACACAUCUAUUGUGUUUUACACUUCCGGAACAUGCUUUUGUGCAGCGUAACAGUUAGUGGCUUAGUAGCCUACGAACGAUCGAACGAGAAAAUUAGGUCCGAAAUCAGAUUGGAAACACAUUUUUCUGGCCAGUUUCUAGUAUGAAACUGACUUUGAACUGUGUGUCUGUUGAACUGUAUUCGCUUGUUAAUCGCAGCCAGUGUCUUUAAGAAUUCAAACUAAAUGAAAUUAGCAUGUAGCAACUGAAAUUAAAAAUGUCACCUUGACAAACUUACCUUACUGUGGCAAAGUAAAAAAAAUCAAUCCAAAUUCGUUCUUCUAAUGCUUGUUGGUGUUAACGUACAGAGCGGGAAAAAAUAUUUAUUUACACCAAAACGGACGCGGUUCGGUAAGGUAAACUGCCCCUAGUAGCAAAAGCGCCAAAUCAAAUGUUCUCACCUUUGCAAAAAUUACGCUCCUAGCGCAAGAUGCGUGUUGAGCAAACAACAAUGCACACAAACACGGCAACUACAAUAUAUCGAUAUAUAUGUGUACCUCUAUUUAUCACUGGCAUCACCCUACUCGACGAAACGGAGCAAAUCCGAUCGCAAAAUAUGGCUAUAUCUCUUCUCUUCAAAUAAAUGAUUGCAAAAAUAA